AUGACGAGGAUGAAGAAUCCACUCAAGCAAGUGGCAAGGAAGGUGAAGAAAGCUGUAGGAGGGAGCUCAUUCAGGCGCUCCCACCACUCUCAUGAUGAUUUGCAAGGAGGAGCUUCGUCUCGUGGCAUCGAGAUGCAAGUCUCGAGAUUACAGGAUGAAGGAGUUUUAGAUCGCCACUUGGGAUCGACCAAGAUAUUGCCAAGCGAUGAGGAAAGCUAUGGAGGUCAAUACUAUGGUGCAUAUGAACAAAUGCCGCCAAGUAGUGAUAACUACUUUGGUGAACAUGACCAAGUACCGCCUAGUGAUGACUUGGAGGUGGAAGACGCUGCUCCCACAAGAGUGUAUGAUCCUGAGACAGGACUGUGUCCUAGGAUGGAUUCAGGUGCAUUUGAGGGUGGGUUUGUUGCUGGUACUUCAGUGAUAGAGCAGCUCAUCAAUGGUGGUUCUGCCCCUGUUGUAGCUGGUGCUGGUGCUAGUGCUGCUGCCCCUGUUGCAGCUGGUGCUGGUGCUGGUGCUGCUCUAGGUGCAACAAACCCUGUUGAUGUUGCUGUUCCUAUAGCUGGGAAUGGGGCUGUGAGGGCAAUGAGGUGGACCAACACCACCUCUAGCUUUGUGCUAAGGAGGAUGGCUGCCCUUGUUAGUGAUGGUAGCAGGCCUGAGAAGGUUUUCAAGGACAAAGAUGUGAAUUCUGUGGCCAAAGCCCUCAAGCAGUUCUGUGGGAAGGCUCAUGCUAUCAUGCUUGAGCAAGAGCACUACCUUGGCCACUACAAGGACCAUCCUAAAGAUGCAGAGUUUCUUAACUGCCCUAUUAGGUUCUACACUAAGAUGGAGGCUAUCUUUGCUAAUACCAUGGCCACAAGCAAGUUUGCACUUGGGUCUGGUGAAGCCUUAGGGCAGAACCAGGCUGAUAGUGUUGGUGCCAAGGCUGAUGGUCCUCCUUUGACCCACACCACAGUUCCUAUUGAACAGGGAGGGGAUAGCAAGGCCACUGAACUACUUCCUACCUCCUCAGCUGCUGGCCCAAAGAGGAAGAGAGGGAACUUCUCUGAGGAGGAGAUGCUCAUGUUGACUAACAUGUCAGAUGCUGUGAACAAUGUGGCCAAUGCUCUUAGGGAGACUGGACCUGCCCAUGUUGAUGUCAAUCUGUACCUUGCUGUGAUGGAGAUGCCUGGCUUCAGUGAGGAGGCACUUAUUGUUGACACCUUCCUCUUGGACAAUAAGGCCCAAGGCAGGGGCUUUGUGAACAUGAGUGAUGCCCACAGGGCCCUUUGGCUUAGGACCUUCCUGGCCAAAAACUACUAUGUGUAG